AUGGACCGUGAUAAGCCGACUCCAGCUGACACCGACGUGCCUGGUGGCUUCCCUGAGACACCCGCCUCACUUCCGGUUCACCAAUCUACUCCCAAAAAUGAGUUCCCACUUAACGCUAUGGGAGGUUCUGCGCCGGUGAGCACAUCUGGUAACACUGGUCUACCAGGUGUCGUGCCGCCAUGGCACACCGAUGAUCAUCCGCGCUCCCUCGAGGACCCAAGUGCCACCUCGUUAACCCACGGGCUCGAAUAUGGCCAGAUGCAGGAAGAUUCAGCCCGGCCAGCUGCAGACCGAAUGUCCUCCGAGCAUUCGGAGUCAACCGAAGUCCCGACAGAGCCUGUCUUCGAGCCUAUCAAGCCGGCGGCGGAACAGCCACCCAUGGACCGGAGUAAGAGCAGCGCCAGAAACGAAGACGACCUAUUCCGCGCCCUUUCCCGCCGUCGAAGUAGCGCCGGCUCCAAAGCCGAAUCUCAGGAGGACCAUGACGAGAUCGCGCGGCUGAUGUCACGCAUGUUCGGCCAGAAGCGCCAGCAGCAGAGCGAGGAGGAGAAGACCAGACACUCCGGCGUCAUAUUCCGCGACCUAACCGUUAUGGGUGCCGGACUCGGCGCGAGUCUACAACCCACGGUUGGCGAUAUCUUUCUGGGCCUCCCGCGGUUCUUGAAGAACCUAUUAACCAAGGGACCCAAGGCCGCGACCGGAAAGCCGCCCGUGCGAGAGCUCCUUAGUAGCUUCGACGGCUGUGUGCGGCCCGCUGAGAUGCUCCUCGUCCUUGGCCGACCGGGCUCUGGAUGCUCGACAUUCCUGAAGGUGUUCUGCAAUCAGCGUGCGGGUUACGAGGAGGUACGAGGAUCCGUGACGUAUGGCGGCACCGACUCGGAGACUAUGGCCAAGAAUUUCAGGGGCGAGGUCAUCUACAACCCCGAAGACGACCUGCACUACGCCACCCUGACGGUCAGACGAACCCUAAAAUUCGCCCUCCAGACACGAACCCCCGGCAAGGAGUCUCGGAUGGAAGGCGAGAGCAAACAGGACUAUGUCAACGAGUUCCUUAGAGUGGCGACCAAGUUACUGUGGAUCGAGCACACCAUGGACACGAAAGUCGGAAACGAAUACAUUCGUGGAGUCUCUGGCGGAGAGCGCAAACGUGUGAGUAUCGCCGAGGCUCUUAUCACGCGAGCCAGCGUCCAGGGCUGGGACAACUCGAGUAAGGGACUCGAUGCGUCGACAGCAGUGGAGUACGUCCAAUCAUUGCGAGCGAUGACCAACAUGGCCGAGACCUCGACUGCUGUGUCGCUGUACCAGGCUGGCGAGUCACUAUACGACCUGGUUGAUAAGGUACUGCUGAUCGACGAGGGUCAGUGUCUAUACUACGGGUCAUCCGAUCGAGCCAAGCUAUACUUCCUCGACCUGGGCUUUGACUGCCCGGACCGAUGGACCACAGCCGAUUUCCUCACAAGUGUGACAGAUCCUCACGGACGCAGUAUACGGCCGGGCUGGGAAGAUCGUAUUCCGCGAUCAGCACAAGAUUUCGCCCAAGUCUUCCGGAAGAGCGAGGCUUACCAGCGCAAUCUCGACGACAUUCGGGAGUACGAAACCCACCUCGAGGAGCAGACACGUGUGCGGGCCGAGAACACAUCAAAGCAGACCAAGAAGAAGAACUACACGAUUCCUUUCCACCAACAGGUCAUGGCUUUGACUAAGCGCCAGAUGCUUGUGAUGCUCGGAGAUAAACCCAGUCUCUUUGGGAAAUGGGGUGGCAUCGUAUUUCAGGGUCUCAUUGUGGGUAGUCUGUUCUUCAACCUCCCCGACACCGUAGCAGGCGCCUUCACCAGAGGUGGUGUACUCUUCUUCAUCCUGUUGUUCAAUGCCCUGCUGGCGCUUGCCGAGCAGACCGCCGCUUUCGAAUCCAAGCCCAUCCUGCUGAAGCACAAGAAUUUCUCCUUCUACCGGCCUUCCGCAUACGCACUGGCGCAGACUGUCGUGGACAUCCCCGCGGUCCUCAUCCAGGUGGUGCUGUUCGAUGUCAUCAUCUACUGGAUGGCCGGACUGUCCGCAACGGCCUCGCAGUUCUUCAUCUCAAUCCUCAUCUUGUGGCUGGUCACAAUGACAACGUAUUCGUUCUUCAGAGCCAUCUCGGCGGUCUUCAAGACACUGGACGAUGCCACCAAGGUCACCGGAGUCGCCAUUCAGAUUCUGGUGGUAUACACAGGCUACCUGAUCCCUCCUUCGAAGAUGCACCCGUGGUUCGGCUGGCUGCGGUGGAUCAACUGGAUUCAGUACGGGUUCGAGUGUCUCAUGUCCAACGAGUUCUAUAACCUGCAAAUGGACUGUGUGGAACCAUUCCUUGUUCCUGCGGGCCCAGGCACGUCGCUGCAGUAUCAGUCAUGCUCGUUGGCAGGGUCCCAGCCUGGAUCGACCACGGUUUCUGGCUCUGCCUAUAUCCAGGCGUCUUUCACUUACACGCGCGCCCACCUCUGGCGCAACUUUGGUUUCCUGUGGGCCUUUUUCUUCUUCUUCCUGGCUAUUGCCAUGAUUGGUAUGGAGCUGAUGAAGCCCAAUGCUGGCGGCGCUGCUGUGACGGUUUUCAAGCGCGGCCAGGUCCCGAAAAGCGUCCAGAAAUCAAUCGAGACCGGCGGCCGAAAGGGCAGCGGAAAAGACGAAGAAGCGGGUGCUAGCAACGAAAAGGUCAUUCCCUCGGGGGGAGAAAAUGAUUCCCAGCAGGGCAAGGACAAGAAGGCCAUGCAGAACGUGGCAAAGAAUGAGAUUGUGUUCACCUUCCAGGACGUCAACUACACUAUUCCGUGGCAAGGCGGCGAGAGGAAGCUCCUGCAAAACGUGCAGGGUAUUGUCAGGCCCGGAAAGUUGACUGCCCUCAUGGGGGCUUCUGGUGCCGGAAAGACUACACUGUUGAACACACUGGCUCAAAGAAUCACGACUGGUGUCGUCACUGGCGACUUCCUAGUCGACGGCCGACCUCUUCCGAAGUCAUUCCAGCGUAUGACCGGCUUUGCUGAGCAACAGGACAUCCACGAGCCCACUGCAACUGUGCGGGAGGCCUUGCAGUUUUCGGCGCUUCUCCGCCAGCCAAGGGAGGUCUCCAAGGAAGAAAAGUACGCGUAUUGCGAGACCAUCAUUGAGCUUCUGGAAAUGCAAGACAUCGCCGGCGCUACAAUCGGAAAGGUCGGGGAAGGCCUGAACGCGGAACAGCGAAAGAGACUCACCAUCGGCGUGGAACUUGCGUCCAAGCCCGAGCUGCUAAUGUUCUUGGACGAGCCUACAUCCGGUCUCGAUUCCGGCGCUGCUUUCAACAUCGUCAGAUUCCUGCGCAAGUUGGCUGAUUCUGGUCAAGCGAUUUUGUGUACUAUUCAUCAACCCUCCGCCGUUCUCUUCGAGAACUUCGACGAGCUUAUCCUGCUCAAGUCUGGAGGCCGUGUUGUCUAUGCCGGUGAGCUCGGCAAGGACAGCCAGAAACUGAUCGGAUACUUCGAAGGCAAUGGUGGUCACAAGUGUCCCCCGGAUGCCAACCCGGCCGAGUGGAUGCUCGAGGUGAUCGGUGCCGGCAACCCAGACUACAAGGGCCAGGACUGGGGCGACACCUGGCAGCAGUCCAAGGACUACCAGCAUCAGAGACAAGAGAUGGGGCAGAUGAUCGAGAAGCGCCGCAACGUCGAGCACUCCAAGAACGUCCAGGACGACCGCGAGUACGCGAUGCCGCUGUGGACGCAGACGAGUGCCGUCGUCCGCCGCUCCUUCGUCGCCUAUUGGAGAACGCCGAACUACAUCCUGGGCAAGAUGAUCCUCCACAUCUUCACGGGUCUCUUCAACUGCUUCACCUUCUACCGGCUGGGCUACUCGAGCAUCGACAUGCAGUCGCGGCUCUUCUCCAUCUUCAUGGUCCUGACAAUUUCGCCGCCGCUGAUCCAACAGCUGCAGCCUGUCUUCCUCAAGUCGCGCGUCAUCUUCCAGUCGCGCGAGAACAACGCCAAGAUCUACUCGUGGUUCGCGUGGACGACGGCCGCUGUCGUGGUCGAGAUCCCCUACUCCAUCGUCGCGGGCGCCAUCUAUUUCAACUGCUGGUGGUGGGGCAUCUCGGGCUGGCACAUGCAGGGCUUCCCGUCGGGCUUCACCUUCCUGUGCGUCAUCUUAUUUGAGCUGUACUACGUGGGCUUCGGGCAGGCCAUCGCGUCCUUCAGCCCCAACGAGCUGCUGGCGAGUCUGCUGGUGCCCAUCUUCUUCCUGUUCGUGGUGUCCUUCUGCGGCGUCGUCGUGCCGCCCGCCCAGCUGCCGAACUUCUGGCGCGAGUGGAUGUACUACCUCACGCCCUUCCACUACCUGUUGGAAGCCUUCCUGGCGACGGCGAUUCACAACCAGCCUGUGCGCUGCGACGCGGGCGAGUUCGCGCGCUUCUUGGCGCCGCCGGGCCAGACGUGCGACACAUACGUCGGCGCGUACAUCAGCCAGGCCGGCGGCAACGUGACAACGGGCGCCGACGGGCUGUGCGAGUUCUGCCAGUACGCGAACGGCGACCAGUUCGGGCGGCAGUUUAGCGUCUACUACAGCCACAUCUGGCGCGACUUUGGCAUCGUGUGCGGGUUCAUCGUGUUUAAUUACUUUGUUGUUUACGUGGCGACGUUUCUAAGGUUCCGGGGGAGGCACCCGCUGAAGGGGUUCUUGACGAAUAUGAAGGCUAAGAAGGCUAACAAGGCUAAUAAAAAAUAG